AUGUCUCUUAUUUUGUUUGUAAAGACUCCAGACUUCUGUAAACUCAUGCCAGAGCCAGGACCUGGGCCUAGUUGUUUGGCCUACAUUCCCCAGUUCUUCUACAACUCCACAUUACAGGAGUGUGAAGAGUUCACUUAUGGAGGCUGUGGAGAAAGGCCGAACAGGAUCUGUAACCUACCUCCAGAGACAGGACCCUGUAAAGUCUACUUCUCAAGACAUUUUUACAACACCACCUCUGGGAAAUGUGAGAUCUUCAUAUAUGGAUGCUGUCAAGGCAACCUCAACAGAUUUAAAUCUUUAAGAACUUGUUAGAUGUAUUAUGGUGCUG